AUGGCAAGCGAGCAGCUCGAUCUGAAUGGUUUACUUCAAGCAGUUUCUCAAGUCUUAACUGCUUUUCAUUUUCCAAAUGGUUCGUCUCUUAUCGAACGAGCCAUGACAAAUCGUGUGGACGAUGUAGCUAAUACUCAACUGUUGGCUAAUCUCAAACAAGAGGCAUCACAAUUACCGCUGUUGACAACUAUCGAAAUGAGUGGUGAAAUGCGUUGUUUUGUUCAAGCAGUCAUCGACAGCAUCAAAGCAACGGAUGUGAUCGACAAACGUUUUGUUACACGUUCGAUUGGUAAAAUUUAUCGAGGUUUUGAACCAUUCGUAAGAAACGAAGUUCAACGAUUAGCUUUGAUCGAUAUGGAAGCGGCAAAAGAAGAUGCACUCAACAUCGAGCCACGUCAUCGUAUUUCACACAAAUUGAGAACAGCGACAAAUAAUAACCAACGCUGGUUGGAAGAUGAAGAAAAUGACGAUGAUUUGCACAUGACACGCGAGUUACAAGCAGCUGCUUUUUAA